CGCGUCCGUGGCCCCGCCCCGGCCCUUUGUGACGCCGGACAACGCCUGCCACGCGUCGGAGCUCGCCGCGGUACAGCCACCGGGCGCGAGUGACACGCGGGAGGGAGCGCGGUGUUCUGCUGGAGCUGAUGCCGGAAACCAUGCAUUUCUUAUUUAGAUUAAUUGUUUUCUUUUAUCUGUGGGGGCUUUUUACUGCUCAGAGACAAAAGAUAGAGGGGAGCACCGAAGAAGUGAAAAUAGAAGUUUUGCAUCGUCCAGAAAACUGCUCUAAGACGAGCAAGAAGGGAGACCUACUAAAUGCCCAUUAUGACGGCUACCUGGCUAAAGACGGCUCGAAAUUCUACUGCAGCCGGACACAAAAUGAAGGCCAUCCCAAAUGGUUUGUUCUUGGUGUUGGGCAAGUCAUAAAAGGCCUAGACAUUGCUAUGAUGGAUAUGUGCCCUGGAGAAAAGCGAAAAGUAGUUAUACCACCUUCGUUUGCAUAUGGAAAGGAAGGCUAUGCAGAAGGCAAGAUUCCUCCGGACGCUACACUGAUUUUUGAGAUUGAACUUUAUGCUGUGACCAAAGGACCACGGAGCAUUGAGACAUUUAAACAGAUAGACAUGGAUAAUGACAGGCAACUCUCUAAAGCCGAGAUAAAUCUCUACUUGCAAAGGGAUUUUGAAAAAGAUAAGAAGCCACGUGACAAGUCAUAUCAGGAUGCAGUUUUAGAAGAUAUUUUUAAGAAGAAUGACCAUGAUGGUGAUGGCUUCAUUUCACCCAAGGAAUACAAUGUGUACCAACACGAUGAACUAUAGCAUAUUUGUAUUUCUAGAUUUUUCAGCUAUUUACUGUACUUUAUGUAUGAAACAAAGUCACUUUUCUCCAAGUUGUAUUUUCUGUUUUUCCCCUAUGAGAUCUUUUGAUACCCCCAAUACAUAUGAUUUUGGUAUAAUAAAUGUGAAGCUGUUUUUGCAAACUU